UUUACAAGUGUUGCAAGUUUUCAAAACAAAACGAAAACAUCAUAAAGUGGUUAAAUUAUGGCCGUAUCUAAUCAAGUACUCCUGAUCGUGUCUAUUCUUGAAGGUCGAAGGUUCCCUCGCAGGUCAAAGCAUCAAGUUAUUGUAGAAGCAAAAUUUGAUGGCGAAACAUUGUGCACAGAUCCCAUCGAUCAUACGGAAAGUCCAAACUUCACAACAGAAUUGGCAUGGGAGUUAGAUAAGAAAGCAUUACAUCAACACAAACUACAAAGGACGCCCAUUAAAUUACAGUGUUAUGCAAUUGACACAGUGCUAUCCCAAAAAGAAAUGGUUGGUUAUAUUAUCUUAGAUUUGCGGUCUGCCCAGGCAAAAAUACAGCGUCCACAGUGGUUUCCACUGCUGAAUAGUAAAUAUCAGCGUCUAAAGCCAGAGCUACAAGUCAGGUUAAAUUUAGAAGAUGACUCAGGGAAAAAGCCUGACCAGAAUUCUCUGCCCCAGCAUUCUACACCAACCAGAAAAGAUGGCAUUGAUCCACUUGCUUUGAAACCUAUUUUGAAUGAUGAAAAAGGUUUUUAUCAGCUUGGACCCAUGACUGAAUCUGCAGAGAUAUUUGUGUUUUCUGUGACAAUCAGUUAUGCUGUGAAUUUAGCAAAAUUAAUACCAUCGUCAUUUGUCGUACCUGAUGGUCAGGGAUUCUACUUUCAAUACAGUUUGUUUGGCAACAAGGUUUCCAGCGAGAUUUUUUCAGACCUUCUGCAACCAAACUUCUCUCCAGAACGAGCUUCUGUCCGGAUAAAUUCCCAGCUGAAGCUUCUUCGAGCCUUCCUGCAAAAUUUUCCUGGAAUUACAAUCACACUCUAUUGCGCAGGCCGUCCACUCGGUGAAACCAACAUCUCUUUACGAUAUUUACUUCCUACGGACGAGCCGCUCAAAUCGCCUGCAAUCCUUGAAGCAUUAUUUCCUCUCACAUCCACCGAGGAUCCUCGCUCAGGGUCCAAAGAAAGCCCUGGUGUUGGCGUUUCAAUAUUGUUGAAGAAAGAGGAAGCUAAUGUGCCGUCUGAACAAGAAACACACUUGCCACCGAAUGUCCAAAGAACAACAGACAGUCCUCAGAAAACACAAGCACAAGACGGAUAUCCUGGUGAAAAUCAGCCGUUCUCUGAGGUGACCGUCAGUCAUACCCGUAAUAGAACUGAUGAACAGCCCAUGGCGGAUAGGAAAGACGAGUCGAAGAUCUCCCCUAGUGCAGGCCUACCCGAAGGACAACCGGACGAAAGCAGACUUUCAUUUCAUCAUUUCUGUUACUCUGUUGACUUGCGCAGUAUUUGUGAUCUGCAAGUGACUUUCCCAGUCAAUUGUUACUUGAAGUAUUCGUACCCAUUCUUCGGCAGCGCUACCCCGGUCAUCACCAGUCCCCCUGUGGAAGUGCGUCGACAUAUGGAAGUCCUUCUGCCGAAGUCUUUUUGCGCGUUUGACUUUGCUACCAAUUCAGAUGUCUUGAAAGAAACGCUUUCUAGCGUUCCUCUAGUGAUCGAAAUUUGGCAUCGCGAUCCCGUGACCAAAGAUGUCUUACUUGGCGUUUCCCGGGUAACGCUUGGUCACGUGUUUGCCGCUAAGAAACUCAAGGCCGCAAGAGGAAAACCAAGUACGUACGGACAAAUCCUAAGUGAAAGGGUUCAUAUAAUCUCCGUCGAUAGGGAACCAAUCGGAGAGCUGAAUGUUGUUUUGGGAUUAGAGGAUCUUGGUCCGGUAUCCCGCGAAGAUUUGCAAGCUCAUUUGGAUAUGUCUGAGGCAUCGUCAAGCCCAAGACAUAAAUUAGGCGACAAAUCUCGGAAAGAAAGUUCCCGGCAAAAGGACCCUGCUGACAAUGAUCCUAGGAAUAAUGAUCCUAGGAUGAUGGCGGAAUAUCAAACAGCCCUCGAGCUUGAAAUGUGGAAACAAAAUCAGGAAGAACUGUUUGCAUCCCAAUUGAAGGCAAAGGAGACGGAAACAAUUAAAACAUUGACAGAAGAAUGGAGAAAACGGGAUAAGGAAAGGGAGAUAUUAGCAAAGAAAAAGCUCGAAGAAUAUUCACAAAUGGAAGACAAACUUAAGAAAACUAUCGCUGAUAUAGAGAAGCGAGAAAGACAGCUGUCAGCCAGUGAGACUGAGUUGUUGAGAAUCAAGGAAGAACAUAGACGAGAUCAUGAAAGAAAGAUGGUCGAACUACGCGAAGCUUCUCGUCGAAUGAAGGAAGAUUGCGAUCACCAGAUCGAAAUUGAAAGAGCGAAAGUUCGCGAGGCUGAAGAGCAAAGACAGACAGCGAUACAACAGCUCCGCGAUGCUGAGAAGCGUUAUCAAAACAAAGAAAAUGAAUUAUUGUCCUAUAAAGAACAACAGAUGUCCAAACCGGAAGUGAAGCUCGAGGCUGAACUAAGUCUUCUACGUGUUGAGAAGGUUGAACUGGAGCGCAAGUUGGAAAGUUCAAACAAGUCAAAGAUCCACUACAAGCAACAGUGGAGUAGAGCAUUAAAAGAACUUGGGAAAGUGAAACAGAACGAACAGACGGUUGCUAAAGCAAGAUUGAAACAACAAGAGAAGGAACUGGAUGAAAUGAGGCUGAGGUUUCUGGCAGCUCAGGAAAAAGAGAUUGCAAAUACCGAGAAAAAGGAGUUAGAAGACAUAAAAAAUGAACUCAACAGAUUAAAAGACCAAGAACGUUCAAAGCAACAAGAUGCUAAUGCACAACGAGAACAGCUGGAGUCUCAACAAGAAGCAGAAAAGGCUAUGUUAGCUGCACGCGAGAGAGAGGAAAUUCAACGUAAGGAAGAACUUGACAGUAAAAUCGCCAAACUUAUAGAAGAAAGGGAUACAUUACUGCAGACUGGUGUUUAUACGACUGAUGACAGGAUCAUUGCCGAGCUGGACAGACAGAUAAGAGAAACCAUUGCAAGCAAAACAUGAAUUGCAUAAUCAUGUC